AUGGUCGAUUUUGGAGUGAUGAUACAAGAAGUAGAUCACCACAAGUUGGAUGAUUUACUAGGAUUCUUUGAUGUGGUUAAGCGAGGUGCUUUAACUCCUGACAGUAAUGCUCUAAAGCAAGAGAACAUAACGAGCCCAUCUGAGAAACCAAAAUCAGGCCGUGAUCACUUCAGAAUUCGACAGGAUUCCUUGUCUCAUAAACUUAAUGCUCUCAAGUUGCGUAGAGAAGGAAAGAUAGAUGAAUCAGAGGCUGAACUUGAAUUAGCAAAGGCUUUAGAAAAACAAUUGGAAGACUUUGAUCAAGCCAAUGACAAGCUAAGCUAUCUUUAUGGAUUACUAGCAGAGGCCCUUAACAUAAUGGUCUCACAGGGAAUCAUAUCAGAAGACAAAGUGGACACCUUCAAUUUGCCAAUUUAUGGAGCUUCGAUGCAGGAAGUGAAGUCAGUGAUAGAGGAGGAAGGUUCAUUUGAUGUACAGAAAGCGGAGAGCUUCGAGUCCAGUUGGGAUCCGUUUGACGACUCCGACAAUGUACUCAAUGGGAGGAAUGUGGCAAGCACUUUACAGGCAGUGAUGGAGCCCUUGAUUUCACAUCAUUUUGGGGAUGCCAUACCCCAUGCAUUAUUCUCACUAGUUGCCGAUAAUAUUACUGCAAGGCACCUCCUAAAAGACAAAUGCAACUACACCGUGUUAGUCUUUACCUUGAGGAGGAAAGCUUGA